AUGCCUCAUCGUCAUCGUCAACGUCAUCCUACAACACACAGCCAAUCGUCAACACCACCACUAACAGCAGCAACAGUAACAGCAAAUGCUCCUGCUCGUACUCUACGAACACCUACAGAUGCCUCAACUCGCCUUGUUGUUGCAUCAGCCUCAUGCAGUCAUCAGUACGAUUAUCAUCAGCUCAUUCACCGAACGCUCACAAAUGCCGUGCACACGCAAGAGCCCUGUAUGGAUCGGUGGCAUUCUUGUCACAGCCACGAUGUGCCCGAUUCAACGGUGAGUUCAUGCCAGCCACUCCUGCCAAGUGUCGGUCUACGGAAACGACAACAGCAACGAGACUGUCACCAGCAACAACAACAACAACAACAACAGGUGAUGAUGUCUUCAAGCUGCGCAAUACGACAAGAUCAACAUCUUCCUCAUCAUCAUUCUCAGAAGAAGGAGGAUGGUGGUGCGGUGGAGUGGUUACGAUUGAGGUAUCGAAGGCAUUAUGAGGUUCCAUUCAGGCAUCAUCCGGGACGGGCCGAAACAACCGCAAAUUGUGGUUUNUCAUCGUCAUCAUUGUCAUCACCUAUAAUAUCAUCAUCGUACUGUUGUGACCUCAAGGGCGUGUGUACAACCACCCGACAGCACAAACGUCAACACCUCACCACUGCCAAUAAUUCAGCAAACUGUUGUUCACAUACGGAAACUACCAGUGCUCUCCCUUAUUUCACGUCGUCGCAUUAUUCAUGUUUAAAUUCAAAUCCGUUUCCUUUAUCUCCGCUGAAUUCGCAUUUUACCGAUAAUUCUUCUGAUAAAUCGCCAUUGUUAUCAUCGCCGUCAUCAACCUCCAGUUCUGGGAGAAGUAGUGAUGCUGAUGACAAUAACAAUAAUAAUAACAAUACCAAGAACAAUAAUAGCGAUAAUAAUAAAGCUAACAAUAAUGGCUACAGUAGAUCAUCACCUGUGUUCUCAUCAAAUUCUUUCUAUUUUUUCGUAUAUUUGCAUAUAUUUUCUGUAAUUGCAUGUCUCGCCGCAACGGGUCUUUGUGUGCGUGCGACUGUAAUCACUUCUUCGCCGAAUCGAACGCCCUCAUCUCUGUAUAAUAGUAAUGUUAUGGAUACUAAUCAUUCUGUUGUUUCGAUGAUGCAUUCAUCGUCGUCACCGUUAUCGUUAUCGCCAACCGAAGAAGCGUUUCUGUCGUCACCCGAAGAAGCCAGGAUAACGGCAACAAUAACAGUGAUAACCACUGACACUCACACAAUUCAUGUGAAUCCACUGUUGAGGAUUGCACGCGACAAUGCGCACAAGAAGCAGAUGUGUCAUGUUUGGUCAGAAUUUGCACCGAGCGAUCUGUGUGAGAUGGGUCGAUGGGCCAGAUUGAAGCGAUUACGAGAAAUGUCCGUGUUUUAUCGUGAUUGUGCCACGCAGUCGAGCAAUGUUAUGAUGGCACAACUGUUUCGCAUUGAUUGGAGGCGUAUCAAGAGCGAGAGUGAUUUGCAUGCAAAUGUUGAGCAUUUACGAGAUGGUGCCGAUGCUCGCGACUGCCUUCUAGCUGGUGCUGGCUCACAAGAAUGUCUUCAGUGCUUCCAGAAUGUGAGUUCUGCCGGAUAG